AUGGUGUCGAGUACCUCGUCCACGUCCACCGUGCGGAUACUGUCAUUCUUACUUAUUCUCGCCAUCACCUACAUCAUAUUUGUUCCAGCCCACCCAACUAAAACAACCCUAUUGCCGCCGACAGACCACGACCGUCAAGCGUCCUGGUACGAAACGCAUAUCUCAACCAGCAAGCCUGCCAAAGAUACCUCGGUGGAUGCAGAGAGCGACAUUGUACAAAAGGAGACGGAACAACAAGAUGACAGCCAACCUCCCAGCGACAUUGGCGACCACAUCUCGAGCAACAACGAAGCCGUCGACGACGACCAACUGACCGAAGAAGAAAAAGCCGUCCAAGCCGACCACCAAGCCCACGGCCAAAACGAACCUACACGAGACCGUCCAAAGCUGCCUGGAAAACCAGACACCACAAAACACUCAACAGCACCUUCACACACCUCCAUCAUCACCGAACUCGACCUACCCGAAAUACGCCACCACACCCAAACCAACAAUGCCUCUGCCGCCGAACACCUCAUCCUCGUCGUAACCCACGACGAAUCUCACUGGGGCCAUGUAGACGGCACACCACGCACCUUCCCCUCCUUCCUCGAAUUCCUAAACGACACUUCCGGUCUGCCUGCCCCGUCCAUCUCCCUCGCGAUCCUCACGACCACUGAAUCAGCAUAUGGGCACUACGUCUCGGCUCUAUCCACCCAUCCAUACGCAAAAGCCCAAGUGCUUCUCUACACACCCACGAUUCCCGAGGAUGAAGGACCCGCAGAUCGCCAUACUGCUUCUUUCCAAGCUAUCCGCCGCAAACAAAUCGCCGUCGCGAGAAAUGUACUCAUGUUCACAGCUUUAACCACCGAAGCACACAUUUUCUACUUCGACUCGGAUGUCAUCGAUGCGUCUCCUGGCAUCUGCGCUCAAAUGCUCAAACAAGCCUCUGAUCCAAACAUCACCAUGUCGCCAAACAUCACGCUCCCAGAAACAAUUUUGCCAGUGGGCUUGAUCACAGCCAGAGCGCAAGAUGGAGGUACAUAUGACUAUGAUCUCAAUGCUUGGUACAAGCAAAGGGAGCAGCAUAUGCAUGACCUAUUGCCAUUCGCAAACUCUGAGGAAAUGUUUCCUUUGCAGUCGGUGGGAGGCACGUUGUUGUAUAUCAAUGCUGUUUUGGUCAGGCAAGGAUUGAGCUUUCCUUGGUGGUAUGUGGUGGGCUCGACUUGGGACAAGGAAGGGGGUGAUGGGAUUGAGACGGAGGGGAUCUGCUACAUGGCUGAAAAGUUAGGGUAUGGGUGUUGGGGUUUAGGUGGAGACUGGCAUGUUGUGCAUUCGCAAUGA